UCCGGUUUCUGAAUUUCUACUAGUGAUUCCUACUGGACUUAAGCAAGUACCUAAGGACACCCUAAAACGUAGACAUGGUUGAGUGGACAGAUGCUGAGCAAAGUGCCAUCAUUGGCCUGUGGGGAAAGCUCAAUCCCGAAGAAAGUGGACCUCAGGCCCUAGCCAGGUGUCUGAUCGUGUAUCCCUGGACUCAGAGAUAUUUCUCCACCUUUGGAAACCUGUCAAGUCCCACUGCAAUCAUGGGUAACUCCAAGGUGGCAGCUCACGGGAGGACUGUGAUGGGAGGUCUGGAGAGAGCCAUCAAGAACAUGGAUAACAUCAAGGCCACCUAUGCGCCACUCAGUGUGAUGCACUCUGAGAGACUGCAUGUGGAUCCCGACAACUUCAAGCUUUUGGCUGACUGCAUCACCGUGUGCGCUGCCAUGAAGUUUGGCCCCUCUGGUAUCACUGCUGAUGUCCAGGAGGCUUGGCAGAAGUUUCUGGCUGUUGUCGUUUCCGCUCUGUGCAAACAAUACCACUAGAGUCUCAUCACCAAU